CUGUGGAGAAAUUGAUUCCCCGCUGAUGAAUCAACCGCUUCGACAUAGUGUGGUGCAUUUUGCCCUCACGCGGUUGACUUUGAGGGCAUGGGACUGCCUGGCACCCUCAGCAAAGGUGUGCGUCUGCACCUGCGUCAAGAUCGACGUGACCACAGGGGGCGCAGUUGCUGGCAUCUGGUUAACUUGGAUCCAGAGUCAGAGUCAGCCGUGCAGAGUAUGAAGAUCCAGGACUCCGACACACAAAGUCUGAUGAGUUCCUUGUCCGCCGGCUCGGAGAUGCAGGCUUCCGCUCUCGACCCCCAGUUCAUACCGGGGCCCCAAGGUAAGGUGCCUGGCAGGAAGCGAGGACGCCCUCCUAUCCGAAAGCUGGAGUUCCAGAGCCACUAUGUUGAAACUCUGUCACCUCUUAAGGUCCCGAAGAAAAGAGGCAGGAAGCCUGGCUUUAAGCUGAAGCCCCGGAUGGUGAUGUCCCCUCUAGCCAAUUCUCCUCCCAGCAGCACACCAGAGCCAGAGAUGGGCUCCAUCCCACAGGACGCUGCCAUCGUCCCCCAUUCUGCCACACCACAGGUCCUGACAGCGGAGACGCCAUUGGCUGAUGAUUUUUUAUGUGACCCACCGGUGGACUCGAGGCGCUAUGCUAUAGAUCCCAGUGACUCUGCAUUCAGCGUCACGACGUCACAGUAUCAGAUGAAGCAGUCCUACGGUUACCGUGGCAGCAGUUGCUCUGCUACAGCAGGCAUGUGCAGACAAGCGUCAAGCCCAGGAAGUCACCAGGAAGGAAACAGAAAUGCCUACAGCCCGAUGUCAGAAGCUGGAGAGUGCAAGCGUCCUGUUGGUAAGGACCCUUCCAGCUGGGGUGUGGAGGAUGUGGUUUGGUUCAUUAAAGAUGCUGAUCCCCAAGCUCUGGGACCCCAUGCGGAAGCAUUCAGGAAGCAUGAAAUAGAUGGGGACGCCCUACUUCUUCUGAAAAGCGAGAUGAUGAUGAAGUACCUGGGAUUGAAGCUGGGACCAGCGCUCAAACUCUGCUACCACAUCGACAGGCUCAAGCAGAGCCGGUUGUGAGCCGAGUCCUCGAUCGCCUCGUUAAUUUUUAAGAGCAACGAGUCGGUGCCGAUUCCCGAAACCUUUCUAAGUCAUCAGCAAUACAUCACGAACGUCUGAUCCAAAUAUAUGCUGGCUUUUACUACAUUUACACCACACUUUGUCCACAGAUUGGACACUGUGACUGUACAUGUUAGGACAUUUAAGAGCUCAAACAGUUAUUUUACUUUUGUCUCUCUUUACUUUGUACCUGAACUGCUAUAGAUUGUAAAUAGUUUGUCGCCAAACAGAUGGCAGCUACGGUAUAUUGAAGUACGACCUGUAAUAAUAAUUUUUGAGCUUGGGCAUUGUUAAUUUGUGCAGAUCAUAAUCACUGGAUACUGUAUUAUAUCAUUAUAAACUUCUAGGGUGCUUUACCUCAGUAACACAUUUAAACUUUACAAAGUCUUGCUGCUGGACUUUUAAGAUAGUCCAUUUUAUCCUCACUUGGUCACGUUUAUCCAGGUUAAAGUUGGUGACAUGACUUGUAAUUAAUAACUCAAACUGUUCAUUAAGUCGAUUUGGAAGUCUGUUGCAAGAUAAUCUAGAACAAAACAGCGCUGUUACUGAGCCAUUUUGAGAGCACAGUUCUCAAACAUCUCUGAACUUUAAGUGCACACUUGUUGGCCAAGCAAAUGGUUUAUGUGCCAAAGACUUGACAAUACAAAGUGUACAUUUAUAAUACUGGAAUGUGUAAAACUUCAUGAGAAAGGAGUGAUAGAGCUCAUAUUUGGAAAAAGUUUUAAAAAAUAAAGAAAUAAAGAAAGAAGUGAUUUGUUAACGUGAAGAUUCUGACCACAAACCACACCGGAGUUCGAGUGAAGCGACCAAGAUUUUUUACCAGUCGUAGAUGUCUGUAAUCACACAGUGCUCAUAAUGACAGGAAGGAAAUAUGACUUCUUUUUUCCACUGAGGUUGCAAUGUAGCAUGAGACAAAGCGAAUUUAAUAAACCUCGUACAACUGGGUGCUCACCGAAACAGAUACUACCACUACAAUCACUACAUUUUACAACAUAUCUACUCGCAAACUUCACCUCUGUGACUUCCUUCAGGUUACAUUCUUCUCAUACGUUACCUCUUCAGUCAUUUAGAAUGGAGCAGGAUUUCAUCCCUUAACUGUUAAAAAGGGAAACUGCUGUAUGUAAAAUGUCUCGAGCAUUAACAUUUGGGGGUUGUUUUUGGUUUCUUUUAAACAUUGCCAUGUCAGAAUCAGGGCUAUGCAGCCACCAAAUUCAGUUUUCUUGUGUGACAUUGUACAAAAGGUAGUCAUACACAGUAUUUGUCAAACUUGGUUAAACAAUGCCUUUUUUAAUGUGUAUAGUACUUGUUACUUACUUUAAUUUUGUUUUUUUUUCAAUGCUUAAAUGCUUUGUUUGUACAACACAGACUGAUUAGUACCUUUUAUGAUAAAAAAAAAAACAGUUUCACUUUAUCAAACUUGAUUUUAAAGACAUGCAAGAAAUGAACACAAACAUUUAGCACAUGAGCUAUUUCAACAAAUUUAAGAAUCUCUGGAUGUUGUCAAUUUUUGAGUUAGUGACCUAUGUUAAUUGAAUUUUGAUGUUCUUUACUGUUUGAUACUUAAAUAAACCUGGCUUUAUUUUAA